UGGGCGCCUGUUCCGCUCAUUCAGCUUCAACAUCCCCGCGAUCCACACAGUGGAGAACCAACCCCUUUUGAAGCGCUCACCCGCUGAUUGCCGAAGGGAUAACUACUCCCGCUGCGACCUCCCCUCACUUCAGCUGCACCGCCUCAGAUCGAUGAGAUCUAGCAGCACAUCUUAGCUGUUCGGCCAGUAUCAGCCACCCAAGGUUACUACUAUUAACGAAUCAACAUCGUAUCCCUCAUCGACGCAGCCGUAUCAUAUCGAUCAAGAUGGAGGACACACGGAUCCCGGUGUGGCUAGACUGCGACCCGGGACACGAUGACCUUUUCGCAAUUCUGCUCGCAGCCUACCAUCCCGCAAUCCGCGUCCUGGGCGUCUCAACCGUCUUCGGCAACGCCUCGCUUGAGAAAACAACCCGCAACGCCUGCUCCAUCCUCACCGCCAUCGGCAAAGCCUCCUCCAUCCCCGUCUACGUGGGCGCCUCCAAAGCCCUCUUCCGCCCGCCGCUGCACGCGCCGACCGACAUCCACGGCGAGACCGGGCUGGACGGGACGGACCUGCUGCCGGCGCCGACGGUGGCUCCCGUGACCGGCACGGCGGCGAUCGACGCGGCGUACGCGGCGCUCAAGGCGUGCGCGCCGGGCACGGCCUGGGUGGUCGCGACGGGCGCCUUCACCAACGCGGCCGCGCUGUUCCUCAAGUACCCGGACCUGGCGGCGCACGUGCGCGGGCUGAGCCUGAUGGGCGGCGCCCUCGGCGGCGGCUUCACGCCCGCCGUGCUGGGCCAGGUGGACGGCGUGCCCCGCGUCGGCAACUGGACCCAGUUCGCCGAGUUCAACGUGAUCGCCGACCCGGAGGCCGCCGCCGCCCUGUUUGGCAACAGGGUGCUGGCCGCCAAGACCACCCUCAUCCCGCUCGACGUGAGCCACCUCGUGCUGACGACGGCCGAGGUGCGGGAUCUGCUGCUGUACGGCCCGGAAGGGGUGGAGGCCAAGAGCCGGGCGGCGGCGGUGGUGGAGGCUGCGGACGGGACUGGGAAGAGGGCGGGCAAGUCGCGGUUGAGGGUCAUGUUGGUGGAACUGUUGAUGUUCUUUGCGAAGACGUACAGCGACGUCUUCGGCAUCACGGAGGGACCGCCGCUGCACGACCCCCUGGCGGUGGCGGCCGUCUUGACCGGCGUCGGCGACCAGCAUGAAAUCCCCUUCUGCGACCGCGAUCCCGCGGGCGAGCCGGGCCUAGCCCAGCCGGAACGCUACGAGGUGACAGUCGUCACCGAGGGGACCUACGAAGAGGCUCGCGCAGGCGCCAGGACGGGCCAGAUCACCGCGCGCUUGCUUCCUCCCGGCGAACCUGGCGUGAGGAUACCGCGAAGUUUAGAUGUCCAGCUCUUCUGGAAGGUCUUGGAGGAGUGCGUGUCGCGGGCGGACGAGGCGAUCGCUGCUGCCGAGGCCGCUGCUGCUGCGACUUCUGCGCCGCCGCCAAGUUGAUGUCGACCCAAACGGCAAAUGGGUCGGGUAAUGAUGUGGUCCAUAGACUGCGGCCCAGCAGGAUAGAAUGCAUUAUACCCCUCUUGCCAACAUACAACCAACC